CAGGAGGACAGGUGGGAGCUCCGGUUUGACGAGCUGCUGUUGUUCUCAAUACAAAGAGAGCAGAGCCGGAGAAACACUUUAUAUUCACAUUAAAAUAAAAACAUGAACACGUUACGGUAAAUUAAAAUAUUAUCCGCUAAAACUAAAGUAACCUUUAUGACCGUUUUCUCGUGAAAAAUGCCCAACAAAGGAGAAAGAAAUUCAACAGAAACUGCGCAGUCAUAGUUUAAUGGGAGCGGUGACUUGAGCAGAUAUGGCAGCUGACGACAAGGUUGCCAUCCUGACGGACGACGAGGAGGAGCAGAAGAGGAAGUAUGUGUUGGCCGAGCCGUUCAACACGAUGUCAGCGGAGCGGCCGGCGGGGGCGUCUUCCACACCGCCGCCGCCCUCGGACACGCCGCCCGAGCAGCCGGCGGCCUCCCAGCCCGACUCCAUAGACUGCUGCGAGAGGAUGUGCCUCCGCAUCAACACUCACCUCCUCGUCUCCAAAGUCUUCUACUUCUUCUUCUACGCCGCCUACGGCUCGCUGCACCCGCUCCUCGCCGUGUACUACAAGCAGCUCGGCAUGUCGGCCAGCCGCAGCGGGCUGCUCGUCGGCAUCCGCUACUUCAUCGAGUUCUGCAGCGCCCCGUUCUGGGGCGUGGUGGCCGACCGCUUCAAGAAAGGGAAGGCCGUGCUGCUGUUCUCCGUCCUCUGCUGGCUGGUGUUCAACUGCGGCAUCGGCUUUGUCAAACCAGCUGAGAUGAAGUGCGAGGAGAAAGGCGCCGCGCCUCCAACCACGGUGACGCCUGCGAUGACGACGCUCCCGAAUGUUAACUUAACGCAGCCCGGCAACUCCACCAACCACACCAGAAGCCGCCGGAGCUUUCUAGACUUGGCUGGACUUCCUGAGAUCCUGGACUCUUAUAUCGGUGCGCUCCGCAGGCGCCGGCGAAGCGUAGACGUAAACGCAACUUCAGCUCCCGUAGAGCAGGCUGUCACCACUCUGCUCAAGCCAAACUCCACGCUCUCCCCACCAAACACCACCCUCCCCAGAACCACCACCACCACCACCACCGCCGCCCCUGCUCCGACCAAGGCCAAGGAGUACCAGAUCACCUACGACAACGAGCAGGUGGAGAACAUCUUCCUGCUCAUCCUGCUCGUCAUCAUCGUGGGCGAGUUCUUCAGCGCUCCGGCCGUCACCAUCGUGGACACCGUCACCCUGCAGUACCUCGGGAAGGCUCGCGACCGCUACGGCCUGCAGAGGAUGUGGGGCUCGCUGGGCUGGGGUCUGGCCAUGCUGCUGGUGGGCAUCUGGAUCGACCACACCCACUUAACCGUGGUGUUUGACAGCAUCGACUGCAUCGUGCCCGAGGUCCGCCUCCACAACUACCAGAUCGCCUUCAUCGUCUUCGGCGUUCUGAUGGGCGUGGCGUUCAUCGUUGCUACGCAGUUUUACUUUGAAAAAGGUGGCGACUACCUGCAGGAGCUUCCAGAGGGGGUGGAGGUCGCUGGGAGCCCGAGAGCUCUGCCAGAGUCCAGCUCGUCAGAGCAGACGCCCACCAGCCCCGACGCUCCGCAGGACUUCAGCUACAGCGACCUGCUGAAGCUGCUCUGCAGCGUGCGCUACAGCUCCGUCCUGUUCGUGGCCUGGUUCAUGGGCUUCGGCUACGGCUUCGUCUUCAGCUUCCUCUACUGGCACUUAGAGGACCUGAAGGGGACCACCACACUGUUCGGGGUCUGCUCCAUCCUGAGCCACAUCUCUGAGCUCGCCGCCUACUUCACCAGCCACAAGUUCAUCGAGCUGGUCGGACACGUCAGGGUGCUGUACAUCGGGCUGGCCUGCAACACCGCUCGCUACCUGUACAUCUCCUACCUGCAGAACGCCUGGACCGUCCUGCCCAUGGAGGUCCUUCAAGGUGUGAGCCACGCCUCAGUCUGGGCGGCCUGUAUCUCCUUCCUGAGUGCGGCGGUCCCCCCGGCCCUGAGGACGUCGGCACAGGGCAUCCUACAGGGCCUCCACCUCGGCUUGGGCCGCGGCUGUGGAGCCAUGGUGGGAGGAGUGUUCGUCAACUACUUUGGUGCUGCAGCCACGUUCAGAGGAAUCGGCAUGGCCUCCCUCGUCAUCCUCCUCAUCUUCGCCUUGAUCCAGUAUCUCACCGGAGAGGCUGAGGGGAAAGAGGACAAAAUGCUGGCUGAGAACAUCCCGGUUCCCUCCAGCCCGGUUCCCAUCGCCACCAUCGACCUGGUGCAGAGCCACGCCGCCGCCGCCGGGAGCCCCUCGCCGGCUCGCCAGGCCGCCGCGUUGCCUGUCAAAAAGACAAAACACCAGGAGGAUCAGGAGGACGUGAGCAGGCCGGCCUGGGUGCUGUCUGGCGCCCCCUGGGUCACCAUCGCCUUCGCCAUCGUCCAGAUCAAGGAGAUGAUGAACCUGGCUAAAGGCGGCGGCCCGCCCACAGAGACUCAACCACUGCAGGUACCUAAUGAGCAGGCGUCGGCCGAGUACGAGGCGGUGGCGACGUCACACAGAAACCCGACUGAUGACGGCACAGAUACACCCACACAGCAACCAAACAGCUCCCACCUAGCACCCGCAGACUCUAACCAGGACAAAGACCAAACGCACCCAGACACGGGACAAGAAAACCCAGCCUUCUCCGCUGAAGACACACACUGACUGUUCCUUUGGAGGAUAUUUAAGUUACACACACUGAGCUUUAAACUGUGUGUGUUUUAUUACUGCAAAAAUAUUCAUGUUAACAAGUCGGUCCGUCUCGAGUUCAGCCUUAGAAUCUGUCUGAUCAGGUAGAGAUGAGUCAGGAUCUGAACUGAACACUGUAUUUUUACAGAUUUACUGUAACGGUUAUCUUACAAUUAUCCUAUAAUUCUGGAAAUAAUUUAAAAAUGGUGCAACUCAUUUUAAUUAGAAGAGUUUUAAGACUCAAGUCUGACUCAUUUUAGUGGAUUGUUUUUGCAACGGGGAGUGUUGUUUGAAGCUGGAGGGAGCGCUUGGUGGCAUUUGCCCCUUUAGAGGUGGUCGAAUUCAACUACCCUCCUAGCGCUGGGGCAUUAUAUUUACUGUCCUUUACCGGUGGAGAGUGAAGGAAAAUCCUUCAAAGUUAUUUAUUAACUUAAUUUAGAUUUUUAAAAAGUGAUGAAAUCUGACAAAACGUGGAUUUAAUUCUGCAGUUCCACAAUAACAGUGUUUUAAAAUACCUCAUAUGCCAGCACAAAAUUUAAAAAAAUAAAAUGCAAAAAAAAAAAAACAUUUUAGAGAUUUUUUUUAUUUGCAGUACUUAUUUUUCAUGCACUGUUAUACAAAAGUUUUCCAGUCUGAACCUUCUGAGUGAUAAUUGUUUUUGUUUUUUUACACCAUCAGUUUGCACACUAGAGUUUGUGCACAUAAAUUCACAAUAAAAAUGCUUUUCCCCCCCAGAAAUUAAUAUAUUUUAUAAUUUAUCUUCCCAACAAACAAAUAAUCGUCGACAUGAAUUAUAAAAUGAGUAAGAAAGUUGACUGAAAUUUGGCUAAACAGAAACUAAAUCAUAACUUCAUUUUCAGGAAUUAUUGUUAUAUACUGCAGGGAAAUAACGGGAAAUAUUCUGGCCAAUAUGAUCAUGAAACAAGUAUUUAAUCUAGUGUGUCAAAUCCUGCAGAAACCCUGAUUUAUCCUGCAUAUUUAUUUAUUAUUGAGCAGCAAGUUUAAAACUUUAAAAAAGAACCAUAAAAAAACAUAAUCACCAUUAGUCAUGUCAGUAUUGAGAUUAGGAUUAUUAAACACAUUUAGUCAUUGACUUUGGAAAGGUAUUUUUUUUUUUUAAAUGUAUUAAUUGUGGGCUUUUAAUCAAUUUUCAUGCACUUUAAAUCCAAUUCAACUAAAAAACAAAGGGAAAAAAGGGGGGAAAAUUAUAAUUAAAUGAAUUAUAAACAUGCACUUAUUGCCUUUGACAAUAAAAACAAAAAUUACAAAAUAUUUAAUUAUAUGCGGGUUUACAUGACAGGAAACACGUUGACCUUUCACCUUUUGUUUCAGAUUUCGUCACUUCUUUAAAAACAAAAACACACUUUUAAUACUCAGUAACUGCUGGUUGAGAUAUAUUUAUAUGAUUUACCGAAGGAGCGGUGAUGAAGAAGUGCCUCUUUUAAACACACUGUAAGCCUCUUAAUCAUUAUCUUUAUUCUAACUUAUUAUGAUGAGAUGUCAACGAGGAGCCCUUUACUGAGCGACACUCCAACAGGAAGAUCUGUCUCACUGAGGGUCUUUUUAAAGCCCGAUUCCAAUAUUUUUGUAUUGAAGCUGCCAAUAGCCGACACGCUAUAUUUACUGUCUUUGUUUUCCAUUUUCAUGCCAAACAAUUCCCAGUAUUGUGUGAUUUUCGUGUCGUCUAGAUGGAAAUUCCCUCAGAAACAGAGCUAGCAAGAUGAAGAAAUUCUGUUUUUUUUCUGUAAAACUGAUUGAUUAAAGGAUGUUUUUGCCCUUUAA